AUGGAUGAAACGUUUUCAAACGUCUGGGCACGCAGCUCGAUGUCGUCCUCGGUCAUUCCCUCGAUGUCGUUCAUGUUGGCAAUGAACUUCUCAAGGAACUUGAUGGAAGGAUCAAACAAUCACAAGCUGGAUGAUGUUAGGAAGCUGGGUAGAAAUGUAGUCUGGAGCCCCUUCCACAGUGACACCAAUGGCAAGCAGAGCAGCUCUUCUCUCGAAUGGGUUCUGGGAACCAAGCAGUUGAGGAGCAAUCUCCAAGAUCGGCUGGAUGAUCUGGUUGGAAGGAAGAUUCACAGAAAGCUCGCUCAAGAGUCUCAGAGCAAGAGUGUGUGGAGUAGCUUCCUCGUUUUCGUUCUCGCCGUCCUCGUUCUCAAGCUCUUCCUCGGCCUCCUCAUCUUCCUCGCUGGCAACCUUCAAAGCACAGGAAGCCAUCUGGCCUCCAAGCUUGGCUUGCGAAAUCUUGGACUUUCUGUAGGAAAUACACUGGAUCAAAGUUCUAAGCGCACAGGCUCUGAUUUCCUCGUCGCAGUCCUUGUUCAAAGACGUCUCGAUCAUGAGGUUAACAAUAUCCACGAAGUUGUCUGCCAUGGUGACCUGGGUCUCGAUGGAUUCGCGGUCUUGCAAUGUGGUUGCAAACAGGGUCAGGAAACUUUCAGAGUGCUCAAACCAUUCAACUGGCAGAGUAUCGAAGACACAGUAGAUCAGGAACACAGCCAUCUCUCUGGUUUGGACGUUAGCGUCCUGGGCACCUCCAACAAGCGUCUCAAGCAAAGAAGGCCACUUGUUGUCUGGAAUCUCCAGUUCUGCAAUAGCUGCAACGAUUCUGGCUGUGGAGUGUCUAAUGUUUUUUGA